UAAGAUAUUGUUUCAGUUGAUGUUGAUCAGUUUCGUAAGCGACUACGCAGAAACGGUGUUUUUCGAUAUUUGAAUGUAACAGAGAUAUGUGAGUCAUCAAACAACGACCAUAAUUUUUGAUAGUAUUGGCAAUUCAGCAAUAUGGGGAAAAUUGACGAAUCCAACACUACCAGCACAAAACACUUAAUAAAUUUACAAGACUUGUCAACGAAUGAACAUCUAUAUUCGCAAUCGAAAGGAUUACUAAUGGUGUUCAAUCAAGUGAAUUUUCACGAUGGACGGAAAUACAAACCUCGAACUGGGGCCAAUCUGGACUUGAAUAAAAUCAGAGACACAUUUUCCCAUUUUUCGUUUAAAGUUGAAGUUAGAGUUGAUCUAACUGUAAAAGAAAUAUUUUCAGUAUUAUAUCAUCUGCCGUUACAGCACAAUUUACAGGAAUUCAGUUCGCUGAUGGUAGUAUUUUUAACUUACGGAGAAGGCAAUGACAAAAUUAUGGCAAGCGAUCAUCCUUUUAGUUUGAAAGACAUUGCAAAUGCUCUGCAACCAAAUAAAAUUGAAGAACUAACAGGGAAACCGAAAAUAAUUAUGAUCAAUGCUAGUCGAGGAAAUAAAUUAAAUAAAUCCGUUUCAUUUAAUCCUGCUGGCGGUACCUCUGAUGGUACACCAACCGAUUCGAAAAUAUCAACUUCGGUUGCUUAUAAUUUGGAAAAUUAUGCAUUGUACGAUAAGGACAUCGGAUGUGGAUACUCUGGAUUUUAUCCGUUGAAUGCGGACUUUUUGUUCUGUUACAGUACAUACGACAAUCAUUUGUCCUUUCGUAAUGAGUACGGUUCGUGGUUUAUUCAAGAAUUUUGCGAUGUCCUUGAUUCAAAUAAGGAAAGUUCGAUAGAAAUAAUGGAUGUACUCACGACAACAUGUAGAAGAAUGGCCAAGAGGCGAACCGAUUCAAUUGGUGAAUUGGAUAACAUUAAACAAGUUCCAAUGUUUACCAGCACUUUAACGAGAAAGUUUUUGUUUCUUCCAAAAAGUGUGAUUAAUUACUUGAAAUCUAAAUCAGCCAAAUAGGCUCUUAGUAGUCCAGGGGCCACGGAACAUCCUGUGACCAUGAAAGGGGAGGAGAAUCUGAUGGUCGUUUUUGGUGCAGUUUGGUGCACUGAUUACGAAAAGUUCGGGUGCCAGGCUGAGUUCCUGGUCAUUCUCGAGAUAUCAGUCAGUUUUUGGCCCAAAUUCGGGCUUUUUUCAGUCUUCGCUAUAUCGACCCAUGAAGAUCAAACUUUAGACUAAAACGGUCUUUGAGAAAAUUAUCGGAUAUUAAAUUCUGCAUCUUAGCCCUUUGGACGAAAUUUUUGUAGGAAUUGAAGGAACGGUCGAAAAAAUCGAUCGAAAAUGAGGUAAAAAUCGUUAAAAAUCUAAGAAAUGUGUAUUUUUCAAGUUUUUCAAA